UAACAGUUACCAAGAUGUCAGCUCCCAUAUCCCAUAUCCCAUAACACGCAGAAAGAUAUGAAUUCUGGAAUUUAUGUGGUAAAUUGUUUUGUUUAGUGUUACUGGGAUAUCCAGAAGAUAAAGAGGUAAUCUACAGAUUAUAAGUCGGAUGAAAUGUUUUCCAGACUUUCUGUAGUUAUUGGUAGAGACCUCAAUUGCCGCAUCAGAUGUGGAAGCAUUAGAAUAUAUAGAUUACAGGGUAACGUUUCAUCGACAGCAAGCGAUGGUGAUGCUAGGAAAUCGGUGCGUACUAAACAAGAAGAUAAGACUGAACAGGACAGUUGUGACUAUUUAGGUGUUUCGGAAACAUUUGAGGCAAAUGUUGGUGAAGGGGAAACUCUGGUUACAGAGACCAAAGAAAAAAUAUCCCGUACAUACGGUUUAGGAAAAUAUACCGCACCGGAUGCAUACGAUGGUACAUUGCAGAAGACCAAUUUUGGUGAAAUAAAGAUAGAUUGUGUCAGAAAGGGUGUAAUUCCACCAAAGAAAAACUUCUCAAAACUGAAACCUGAAUUAGGCUCGAUUGCAGACUCAUUGAUAAGUUAUCGAGAAAAAGUAGAUCGCAGGAAAUAUUCUUUGCCAGUUUCUGAUUUGUUAAGUCAACAUCUUGAAGGGCUUGGUAAAGAAAGUGAUGGUACUGUCAAAGAAAAUUCUCAGUCAUCAACUCUUUCAGAACCAAUUUCUGACUACUACAAACCAAGAAAUGUGCAUCAAAAUUCCACAGUAUUCAAUGAAUCAAAAAUGUCAGAUUCUGUGAAACCAACAGAUAAAGUAAAUGAGAAACAAAAAAAGCAUAACAAUGAAAGUAGUCCAAGCACUCCAAGGAAUAUAAGAAAAGAACAGAAUUCCUCAUUAAAUGCAACAAAGGGAAACAGAUUUUUCAUGAAACCAGAAGAUUUGAUUAUGGAGGUUGUGAAUGAAGAUGAGAAUAAGAGGCAAUCAAAGCAUAGUACCAACUCUUCGAUAAAGAAGGAAAGAGAGUCGAGUGAUGCUCAACAAAUUCACAGAUCAUCAAACACGAAAAACAUUGACUGGAAUGUCAUGCUUGAAGACAAUUUAGAAACAAAAAGUUCAUUGAAAUAUCAGCAAAAAAGUGAUCAGACUCCACAAAACAUUGAUGAUAAUAUGUUGGAUUCUAUUAUAAAAGAAGAAAUUGAAGUUGAGAUACAACAUAUCAAAGAUACCUGUGAACAGACACAUGAAAAUGGCCUGACAAAUAAAGUGAAGAAAGACAAAUCAUUAGAAAAUGGUGCCAGAGGAAAGACAAUUCUCAGAGAUACAGAGAAGAUGAUGAUGUAUGAAAAUGAAAGUAGAACCAAAGUAACCGCAAAAUAUGACAGCAACUUAUUAAAGAAGGAGACAAAUUCAAGUGUCAGGACACUAAAGUUGGAAACAGUUACACCAGAAAGAAAAAACAUUGAUUGGAGUUACUUACUUGAAGACAAUAAUUCUGAAAUGCAAAAUUCAUGGAAGUGUCACGAAAAAAAUGAUUCAAGUUCACCUAACUUAGAUAGAAUGUUGGAUUCAAUUCAAACCAAAGACAGAAAUUUUCAUGAAGAACGGUUAGAAAAUGAUUUUGCUAAACAAGUGACACCAGAGUAUAAUCAUAAGUCAGGGACUUCAAAAUUGGGAAAUGCAGCAUACGAAUACUUUCAUGAUGAAGGAAAAAGUUUAGCUGAAGGAGAAAACUACAACAAUGAAGAGGAGGAGGAUGGUUUCGCUGAAGAACUGAAAUCAGACGAUGAUAAUGAUGAGAAGUCAGGGACUGCAAUGAUAGAAAAUGCAGCGUACAAAUAUUUCUCAGAUCUCCAAGAAAAAAGCUUAGCACCAAAAAUUGAUGCAACAUCAAAGGUUGAUCUAAGCAAAUUUGUACCCAAAAAUGUGAACAAGCUAACAGAGGAAGAAGUUGUUGAUGAGCUGGUGGAGAGUAUCCUCUAUAACAAAGAUGAUAUCCUUGCAAUCAACAAAAUAUAUGGGAUACCAUCACAAGGUGGAGAGGGAGUGAGAUUGAACAUUGCAGACCUCUUACCCAAACUUGCAGAAAGAAUUCAUUGUGACAAACUCCACAUGGUUCACAGGCUUGACAAGGAAACCACAGGGAUUAUGUUGUUUGGAAAAACUGAAGAAAUGGCCAGUAAAUUGAGAAAGGCAUUCAAGGACCGAAAGGUGAAAAAGACGUAUUUGGUUAUAGCCAAGGGUAUACCAUCACUGAAAGAAGGGAUUAUAAAUGUUCCUAUCGCAGAAGGUGAAGUUGGAAAAGACAAAAGAAAAAGGAUGACCUGCAUUCCAGUGUACAACUCGGACACCAAACAUGUCAUGCAUAAAACCAAGAAGAAAACGGUGCCAGCUGUAACUCAUUAUAAAGUGGUUGCUAACAGCCAUAGUUGUGCCUUGUUAGAAGUCAGCCCUGAAACAGGUGUGAAACAUCAGAUCAGAACCCAUCUUCUCCAUGUAUUGAAUACACCUGUACUGGGGGACCACAAGUAUUCAUACCUGACAGAGAUCAAACCACAGAUUCUCCCCAGUGACGUCAUUCGGCAGUUGGGGAUCCGCCAGAGUAAGGCCAGGAACCUCCCCAUGUACCUCCACUCCAAGAAUCUGAUAAUCCCAGAAUUCCUGGAUGGAAGGACUUUUUCAGUACAUUGCAGUGUACCUAGGGCAUUUAGAUCUUUCUUGAAAAAAGCGAAAAUUUCUCACAGAAAUGUAGACGAGCGUAUUUGAUUAUUUAACCUCUUGAAAUUUGUGUAGUUGUCUGUGGUGCUAUGGGGGUAUGUUGCGAGAUGUCACCAGAAAACAGUAUGAUAUAUGGUACACCAGAUGGAGAAAAUGAUCUGUGAUACAAUGUAAAUAUUUUUUAUUUUCUAAAAUAAAGGAUUCAUCAAGUAAACAAAUAGUACUGAGUAUAUUAUUUUGAGAUAUAACCAUCAAAGUUUGGUUUUAUUUUUGACGACAUUGUAAACAUUGUGCCCACUUGAUACAUUGCAAGAUGCCAUAUAUUGAGAAGAUCAAAUUUUAGAGAGCAAAUCACUUAACUUGAUUAAUUUUAUGUUUCUGAGCCAUGGUACCGUAGUUAAUGUUUAACA